UCAAUUCUCUCUUUUGUUUGCAGUAACAGAUAUUAGGAGAAGCGAAAGCAAUACCAUCGUGAGUACGUUACAAUGGGCAAAUCUUCAUCGUCCUCAAAGAUAAUCAAACAUUCCAAAGAUUUGUCUAAUAAGUUGCGAUCUGUGAAGAAGAAGAAGAAGAGUAAGAGAAACAAAUCAAAGAAGAUUCGUCGGAUUAAAGAGAGUGAAUUAAGUGGUUCAGAUUCUUCUUUGUAUUCUAGUUCAGAAGAUGAUUACAGGAGAAAGAAGAAGCGUAGAUCUAAAUUGAUCAAGAAGAGGUCACGGAAGAGGUACUCUAGUAGUGAGAGUGAUGAUGAUGAUGAUGAUCGUCUUUUAAAGAAGAAGAAAAGAUCGAAGAGGAAAGACGAAUAUGUAGGGAAGAAGAAGAAGAAAGUUGUUUCAAGAAAGAGACGUAAGAGAGAUUUGAGUUCAAGCUCGACUAGUAGUGAGCAGAGCGAUAAUGACGGUAGUGAGAGUGAUGGGAAGAGAAGGUCUAGGGAUAGAGGAAGAAGACUUGGUGAGGUUAAGGAUGUGCGGAGUAGAAGUAGAGAUGGGUUGGAAGGAGAGAGUGAGCCUGAUGAAUGCUGGCAAGUGGAAGAUGAUGUUAUGACUGAGAAGAAUCCUAGAAGGCUUAAAUCGAUUGUGGUAUCAUAUAGUUAUGGGAAUGAUGAGAGAAAGGAAGAAGAUGACCGAGAUGUCUAUAUGACACGCGGUGGCAAUAGAGAGUUAGGAGAUAGUGAGGACUCUGAUGAGAGAGAUGGUGAAACUACCGUAUCUUAUCCUAGAACUCGCGCUGAAGCUGUUGGCUAUGAUGAAUUUGGGGAAUGUAAUAUAUCUGAAACUAGCAAAGUUUCUCAUACAGACAAAAGCUUGAAAAAUGAUGAUCUGGAAGCUAUUCUAAAGAAAAGAGCGUUGGAGAAUCUAAAAAGAUUUCGUGGAGUGACCCAAAAGAGUGAAAUAGCUAAAAAAGAGGUGUCUUCUGUUUCAGAAGGAGAAUCUAUGCAAAUUGAAUCUGAAAAAGUUGAGGAGUCACAAGACCAUGGUCUCAUGGAGCAGAAGCUUUGUGACUCUGCGGUAAGCAAAGAUCUUGAGACUUCAGAAAAGAUUUUACAUGUUGUUAAUGUUAAGGAAUCUGGAACAGCAUUGGCGAAUUCUGCCUCUCAACAAGAUCAGCAGUCUGGUGAUACUGCCAAGGUUAAAGCUAGUUCUGGUAUUAGCUCUUGUACAACCAAACGGAAGUUAGUUAGACCGGUAUUGGGUAAAGAUAGUUUAAAUCUAGCUAGCAGGAAAGAAGCCAGUGGUAGCCAAGAUGCUGAAGCUGAGAGCAUCGAUGGCAGUACCAUUGAUAAGAGUUGUUUAGAAAGUACUCUAGCUUUGGUAACAAAGAAUGGAAAUGAACACAUAGAUACAACAAAAGUGAGCUCUACUACUUUUAACGCUGAGUCUUCUUCUCAUGUUGACACUGAGACAUUAGAUGAUGUCAAAGGAGGAUCUCAGUCUGAACAGAAAACAAUUGAUGAAACAAAAGAUGAGUCACAGUACGAACAAAAAACGAUGACUGUGAUGAGGGGUGGAGAAAUGGUUCAGGUGAGUUACAAGGUCUACAUUCCUAAGAAGACCUCUUCUUUGGGUAGAAGAAAACUUAACAGGUGAAGCGACGACAUGAAGAUAGUCUAUGUUGACAGAUUUUUUUGUUUCUGUAGAAUUGAAAUACAAUGGUUAUAACCAG